UACGUGAGGAGAAAUGGUUGGGGUAGGAGGGUAAAGAUUAGUGGUGCGUGUAGGUGCGUACAAUGGGGGACGCGGGUGAGGGUUGUUAAUCCUAUAUCAAUGGUUUUACUGUGUACAUCCAUUUUACAUCCAUUUUUACUUUGUGGGUGCUCCUUAUACCGUUAGAUCAUAAACGAUUAGAAAAGUUAGUUAUUUUGCACUCCAUAUCCAUAGUUGGUCAAAAGUUUUAGUCAUUAUAAUAAUUAUAUUUUAAUAAAAUGGCGACUUCAAGAGCAGCAGGUUUUAUUAUAUAUAGACGUUUAAAAUCUGUAGAGUAUUUAUUGUUACAAGCUUCAUAUGGAAGUUUUCAUUGGACACCACCUAAAGGGCAUGUAGAUCCUGGUGAAGAUGACAUGACAACUGCUUUUCGAGAAACGUUUGAGGAGUCUGGAUUGCAUAAAGACCUUAUUAAUGUUCAUAGUGAUAUGGAAUUUCACUUGAAUUAUAAAGCUUAUGGAAAAUCAAAAACUGUUGUUUAUUGGUUAGCAGAAUUAACGGCUAAAAAUGCAGAAAUAAAGUUAUCGGACGAGCACCAAGCAUUUAAAUGGGUUGAAUAUCCAGAAGCACUUAACUUGUCGGGUUUUGAUGAUUUAAAGAGAUUGUUUACUAAAUGCAAUGAGUAUUUAAAUAGUUUGUAAAUUAUGGUAGCAUAAUUAAUCAGCCACAAGUUUUAAAAAUGUUUUAACCUGCUUGCUGAUCAUAUUUUUUUUAAAUGGUUUAUAAAACUGAUGUUUCACUGAUUGAUGUUGCACUAGUUUUUAAAUGAUGCUUUAAAUAUUAUAUAAAUAUUUAAAUAUAUACCUGUAUCUAAAUCAGAGCAUUUAUUGAGAAAUAGAGUAUUUAUUGA